CAAAGUACAGAACAAUGUAUUUAAUUUACGUCGUUUUAGUUUUGUGCUUUCAACAGCUCACAAUCGGUCAGACUGAGAAUGUCGACUCAUGCAAACUGCUUGGCGAUGAAAAUGGUAAAUGUGUGAUUAUUGAUAAGUGUCCUUACGCUCAGAACCUGCUGAAGAAGAAAAUCUUCCCCAAGAUAUGUGGGUUUGAAGGAAAAAGUCCAGUAGUGUGUUGUCAAGAGGAGAAAAGGCAACAAAUAUAUAUGAAACCGGGCCAGUUGAGCUCUGAAAAAUGUAAUGAGUAUUAUCCUAAACCAGACGAACAGGAUGUGGAAGUGUUAGUUCCAGGAGGCAAACCGUCUGCAGUCAGAGAAUUUCCUCAUAUGGCGGUUAUAGGUUUUGGUGAUAAAGAUAACAUCCAGUGGCAAUGCGGAGGAUCACUAAUUAGCAGAAAUUUUGUUCUAACAGCAGCCCACUGCUUGUUUUCUAGAGAGCUGGGACCCGCCAAAUUCGUACGAUUAGGAGACCUGGACAUAACCACCGACGCCGACCAAACCGAACCACAAAACUUCACCAUCAAAAGAAGAAUCCCUCAUCCAGAAUACAAGAAUCCAUCCAGAUACAACGACAUAGGCUUAGUAGAAUUAGACAAGCAAAUCACACGAACUGGCUAUGUAAACAUGGCUUGUUUAGACACAACAAGACACCACGAUGAAAAGAGCAUGACUGCUAUCGGAUGGGGAAAGACCGAAUUCAUCGGAGAUUUCAGUAAUCUUCUUCUAAAAGCGGAUUUGGACCUUGUGGAGUACCACACGUGCAACAAGUCUUACGCGGGGAUGCCUGGAAAAGAACUUCUACGUGGAAUAGUGGAUGACAUGCACAUCUGCGCCGGGGGAAAACCGGAGCAGGACACUUGUCAGGGUGAUUCCGGUGGUCCACUACAAAUCAGAGUUCAAAACAGACGGGGUUGGUAUAAUUAUUAUAAUAUUGUCGGAAUUACAUCAUUCGGAAAGGCGUGUGGCAUAUCCAGGACUCCAGGUGUAUACACAAGAGUUUACAACUAUCUACAAUGGAUUGAAAGCAUUGUUUGGCCAUCGUAAUGAAAUUGGGGAUAACAAACCUUAAAAAUGAUACGGAGAUUUCGUAAAUAUAGAUGCAA